AUGUUUAGUUCUGUUUCUUCCCCAGAGCCUGGGCCCUAUCCUGGAAUCGUGGACCUUUUCGGAGUUGGAGGUGGCCUUCUGGAGUAUCGAGCAAGUCUGCUGGCGGGGAAGGGUUUUGCUGUCAUGGCUCUGGCUUAUUAUAACUACGAUGACCUCCCCAAGGGCAUGGAAACCAUGCGCAUAGAGUACUUUGAAGAAGCCGUGAACUACCUGCUUAGCCACCCCGAGCAUGGAGAGCAGCAGGUGGAGGGGCAGGUGGGGUCUCAAGAGGCCGAGGAGGUAAAAGGUCCAGGAGUUGGGCUGCUUGGCAUUUCCAAAGGGGGCGAACUUGGCCUUGCGAUGGCCUCCUUCCUGAAGGGCAUCAAAGCUGCUGUCAUCAUUAAUGGCUCUGUGGCUGCUGUUGGGAACACCAUAUACUACAAGGAUGAGACUAUCCCUCCAGUGUCUCUUCUGAGAAAUCGAGUCAGAAUGACCAAAGAUGGCCUCAUGGAUGUUGUGGAAGGUCUGCAAAGCCCUUUGGUAGAACAGAAGAGCUUCAUCCCAGUGGAAAGGUCAGAUACGACCUUCCUGUUCAUUGUAGGUCAGGAUGACCACAACUGGAAGAGCGAGUUCUAUGCCAAUGAGAUCUCCAAACGCUUGCAGGCCCAUGGGAAGGAGAAGCCCCAGAUCAUCUGCUACCCAGAAGCAGGGCAUUAUAUUGAGCCCCCUUAUUUCCCCCUGUGCAAGGCGGGCAUGCACCUCCUGCGCGACGUGCGGACGCCCUUCGUGGUGGAGCUGGAGGUGCUGGACGGCCACGAGCCCGACGGCGGGCGGCUGCUGGCGCGGGCGGUGCACGAGCGUCACUUCAUGGCUCCCGGGGUGCGGCGCGUGCCCGUGCGCGAGGGUCGAGUGCGCGCCACGCUCUUCCUGCCCCCAGAACCUGGACCCUUUCCGGGGAUUGUGGACCUUUUCGGAGUUGGAGGUGGCCUUCUGGAGUAUCGGGCUAGUCUGCUGGCUGGGAAGGGUUUUGCUGUCCUGGCUCUGGCUUAUUAUAACUACGAUGACCUCCCCAAGGGCAUGGAUGCCAUGCACAUGGAGUACUUUGAAGAAGCCGUGAACUACCUGCUUAGCCACCCCGAGAUAAAAGGUCCAGGAGUUGGAGUGCUUGGCAUUUCCAAAGGGGGUGAACUUGGCCUUGCGAUGGCCUCCUUCCUGAAGGGCAUCAAAGCUGCUGUCAUCAUUAAUGGCUCUGUGGCUGCUGUUGGGAACACCAUAAACUACAAGGAUGAGGCGAUCCCUCCUGUGUCUAUCCUGAGAAAUCAAGUCAGAAUGACCAAAGAUGGCCUCCAGGAUGUUGUGGAUGCUCUGCAAAGCCCUUUGGUAGAACAGAAGAGCUUCAUCCCUGUGGAAAGAGCAGACACGACCUUCCUGUUGAUUGUGGGUCAGGAUGACCACAACUGGAAGAGCGAGUUCUAUGCCAAUGAGAUCUCCAAACGCUUGCAGGCCCAUGGGAAGGAGAAGCCCCAGAUCAUCUGCUACCCGGAAGCGGGGCAUUAUAUUGAGCCCCCUUAUUUCCCACUGUGCAAGGCGGGCAUGCACCUCCUGGUGGGGGCUAACAUCACCUUUGGAGGGGAGCCUAAGCCUCAUGCCAUGGCCCAGUUGGAUGCAUGGCAGCAACUCCAGACUUUCUUCCACAAACACUUGAGUGGUAAGAGUUAGGGAGUGACUCCCCAAAUACAACCUAUUUUCUAAUGGCUUUGGGGAGAAAGGUUCAAAUACAUUGUAAGAAUAUCAGUUAAUAUUACUUCAUCUGAACAUAGUGUUGAAUAUAGGGCUUAUUCAAGGGCUGGAAACGUAGUUCAGUGGUAGAGUACCUGACUGGCUUGUGUAAGUCCCUGGGUUCAAUCCCAAGUGCUGUAGGAAAUCGGGCAAAUGUUAUAUGGAAACUGUACCUUUUCAAGGAAUUGUGCCUAGAAUCAAAAGAAUACCAUGAGUAGCCACACUGUUGUGCCAUUAAAAAUUAUGUACUUCAA